UGGAGCUGUAACAUCAAUAUUUUUAAAUUUUUCCGUAUGAUUCUAAUGUGUAACCAGCAUUGAGAACCACUAAUCCAGAGGAAACCAGGACUCCUGCUUAUCUUGCACAACUUGGGUACCCUCAAAAUAUAUCGUAUUGGCAAAGUUAAUCUGAGCCUAAGUUCCAGCACCUGUAAAAGAUGGUACGAAUUUCCUAAAAGAGGUUGUGAAUAUGUACUCUCCUGGGUUUAGUCCUUAGCUUUGCAAGAAGUCCAAAAUCUUCAAGAUGAUCAGCCUCAAAUCAGGGACUCACUAACCGCAAACAAACUUGAAAGUGGCUGAUAACUAACUGGAAAGAUAUUACUUUAAUAUGUUUCUCACAAAGCCUGUGAUAAUCAUUUGCCAUAUUUGUGAUCAUAGAAAUUUCUUGUCCCUGCCCUAGAAACAUUGAAUCAUGUUCUCCAGGGGAGAGCCUGGGAAUCUAUAUUUUUAACUGACACCCCAGUUGAUUUUUAUCAAAGAAGUCUGGGAAACAUUGUACUUUAAGUUAUUGUAUUGUCAUUCUGGUAUUGAUUUAUGGUAAGAGGAGAUACAUAUUUCCAUUUCCUAGUUUUUCUUGAUGUCUGUCAUCCAGGGUAUCCUUUUCUUGGUAUCAAAGAAUAUGAAAAACCAAUUAUAAUCAGAAAGUGACUUAGUAUGCAUGAAAUUAGAGCAUAGAAAAGGAUAGUUUUGAGGGAACAUUUCAUUCAUAUUUUGACAUAACCUGCUGAGUUUUCCUGGGCCCGCAAUAGCCAGUAGUGCGCAGCCUCAUUUUCUUCAGAGUCAGCAUCUUUCUUUCCCCUUGCAAGCAGUCUCCUGUUUCUAUGAAUAGUCUUUGCUCAGACAAGGCCAAUAUACUUGAUAAUAAUUAAUUUAGCUUCUUUGAAAUGAUUAGGUCACUUUUUGGUUUAAAAGAUUACCGUGGUUGUCCCUAAAAUCUUUGCACGUACCAAUUUAUUUCCUCCUCCCUAGGGUCAGAAUGAUUUUAUAUUUGGCUUAUGAAAUGUAUUAAUUUCCUUCUUCUGGUCAAAGAUAAAGUGGAAGGAUGAUGAGAUUUUUAAAAAAUUAAUGUAUCCCUUGCUUCUAAUUCUACCUACAAAGCGGAAUAGUGUGCUAGUUACUAUAUAGUUCCUAGUGUAUAGCUUUUGACUCUUUUGAAGUGGUAACUAGUAGUUUUGUUUUAGAAUUUUGCUUUCAGCUUUUAUCCUGAGAGUGGGGCUCACUGAACCUCUCUCCUUUCUAAAAUCUGUGGAAAUUACUUUUGGUAACUAAGGCACUGCAGUGAUCUCAGCAUUUAGUAUGAGAACCUAUGUUUGCCAUAUUUGUAGUAUUGCUUUUACAUCUUUAGAUAUGUUCCGGUCCCACAUGCAAGGAAGUGAACAUCAAAUUAAAGAAUCCAUUGUUAUCAAUCUAGUGAAGAAUUCAAGGAAGACACAAGACUCUUACCAAAAUGAGUGUGCAGAUUACAUCAAUGUGCAGAAAGUCAGAGGACUAGAGGCCAAGACUUGUUUCAGAAAGAUGGAAGAGAGUUCUUUGGAAACCCGUAGAUACAGAGAAGUGGUCGAUUCCAGACCCAGACAUAGAAUGUUUGAACAAAGACUCCCAUUUGAGACUUUCCGGACAUACCCAGCACCAUACAAUAUUUCACAAGCAAUGGAAAAGCAGUUACCUCAUUCAAAGAAGACAUAUGACUCUUUCCAAGAUGAACUUGAAGAUUACAUCAAAGUACAGAAAGCCAGAGGACUAGAUCCAAAGACUUGUUUCAGAAAGAUGAGAGAGAACUCUGUGGAUACUCAUGGGUACAGAGAAAUGGUUGAUUCUGGACCCAGAUCAAGAAUGUGUGAGCAAAGAUUUUCACAUGAGGCUUCCCAGACCUACCAACGACCAUACCAUAUUUCACCAGUGGAAAGCCAGUUACCUCAGUGGCUACCAACCCAUUCAAAGAGGACAUAUGAUUCUUUCCAAGAUGAACUUGAAGAUUACAUAAAAGUGCAGAAAGCCAGAGGACUAGAGCCAAAAACUUGUUUCAGAAAGAUAGGAGAUAGCUCUGUAGAAACACACAGGAACAGAGAAAUGGUUGAUGUCAGACCCAGACAUAGAAUGUUGGAGCAAAAGCUCCCAUGUGAGACCUUCCAGACCUAUUCAGGACCAUACAGUAUUUCACAAGUAGUGGAAAACCAGUUACCUCAUUGCUUACCAGCUCAUGAUAGCAAACAGAGACUAGAUUCUAUUAGCUACUAUCAACUCACCAGAGACUGUUUCCCAGAAAAACCAGUACCCUUGAGCCUUAAUCAGCAAGAAAAUAACUCUGGCUCAUACAGUGUAGAAUCUGAAGUUUACAAGCACCUCUCUUCAGAAAACAAUACUGCUGACCAUCAAGCAGGUCAUAAACGGAAACAUCAGAAGAGAAAACGACACCUAGAAGAAGGCAAAGAAAGGCCAGAGAAAGAGCAGUCCAAGCAUAAAAGGAAAAAGAGUUAUGAAGAUACAGAUUUAGACAAAGACAAGAGCAUCAGACAAAGGAAAAGAGAGGAGGAUAGAGUCAAGGUCAGUUCAGGAAAGCUUAAGCAUCGAAAAAAGAAAAAAAGCCAUGAUGUACCCUCCGAGAAAGAAGAACGUAAGCACAGGAAAGAGAAAAAGAAAUCUGUUGAAGAAAGGACAGAAGAGGAAAUGCUUUGGGAUGAGUCUAUUCUUGGAUUUUGAAUGUUUAGUUUUGUUUACCCAAGGUUGAAUUGAAAAAAAAAAACACAGUCAAUAUGGAUUUAGAAAAAGGAACACCUGAUGAAGAAAAGGAGAGGUAGAUACAGUCAGUGUCACUUCAGGACACUUAGGUUUUUUUUGUAUAAAAAUUUAAAUUGAAUUAAAAGAAGGAAAAAAAAAGCCCAAACUUAACCUCUGAGAAAGAACAUAAGAACUCAAGGAGAACAUAAGAGAAAAGGAAACCUGUUACAGAAAAGACAAGAAUCUGUGUUUUGGAAUGAGUCUAUUCUUGGGUAUUGAACUUUUAGUUUUGUUUGCCCAAGGAUUAAUUGAGGAAAUCAGCUAAGAAAAUGGACUUUAGACAAAAGCAAGAGGAUCAGAUGAAGAAAAGGAGAGGUAGAUACAGUCAGUGUCACUUCAGGAAAGCUAUUUAAAAAAACUUGAAAUUUAAUUGAAAGAAGAAACAACAACAAAAAAGCCUAAACCUAGCCUCUGAACAACACUAACAUGAGAACACAAGAACUUAAGAGAAAAAGAAACCUACUCAAGAAAAGACAGAAGAGACAGUGAUUUGGGAUGAGUCUACUCUAGGAUUUUCAACUUUUUAGUUUUGUUCCUUCAAAGUUGAAGGAAAAAAAGUUUGGUUUUAUAAAAUUCAUGUUAUUGUAAUUUUUCUAGGUGGAUGGCUACUUUAAUCUCUAAAAAAGCCAAGUGAAGUAAAAGUAUUCAGUAUGCCUUUUCCUCAAGUUACUUUCCUUCAUUUUCUUAAAAAAGAAAAAAAAUUAUUAAAUGUUUCUCACAUAUCUCACAUAUAAUGUAAUUUCCCUAAAUGAAGUUGUCUCUACUUCUGCUCAUCAAAUUGCUGUGAUAGUGAAUUAUUUAUUCAUGGGAGAUAAUUUAUUUUAAAGGACAGAAUUACCAAGCAUUACAAAAUCAGUUCUUUGCUUGGUUUUGUGUUAGUGUUGGUGGUAUUUUAUUGUUGUUUUUCUGUGUUUAUGUGUCUCAGCUUUCUCUAAGGAAUAUGUAUGAAAUAACUUAAACUGAUUUUUUCUUUGUUAAAUCUAAUUUGCAGUGUAUUUUUGCAUUUUCUAGUUCUGAAAGUGGAAAAUGAAACAGUCUAUAAUAAACUUAGAUGAUAUAUAGUUUUAAAACGGUCUCAAAAAGUACUGAUAUAAGAUCAGUCUAUAUUCUGGAAAUGUUUAUAUUAAAGUGUUUUAAUUUCUA